AUGGGCCCCGGCACCAGUCCGAAAGCUCGGAAGGCAAAGCCUCGGGGGGUCCCGGGGACCGAGCCAGGCUGGACCCUGCACAUCUCGGAAUAUUCUUUCUCGGGAGACCAGCCUUCAGUGGCUUCCGUCAUCAGCCCACCCGCUUUGGGCCGAAUCCUGGAAGAUAAGGGCGAUGGAAACCCCAAAGAAAGCAGCCCCUUCAUCAACAGCACCGACCUGGAGAAGGGCAAGGACUACGAGGGGAAGAACAUGGCGCUCUUUGAGGAGGAGAUGGACACCAGCCCCAUGGUCUCCUCCCUGCUCAGCGGCCUGGCCAACUACACCAACCUGCCCCAGGGCAGCCGGGAGCACGAAGAGGCGGAGAACAAUGAGGGGGCCAAGAAGAAGCCCGUCAAGGCCACCCGGAUGGGCACCUUCAUGGGCGUCUACCUGCCCUGCCUGCAGAACAUCUUUGGCGUCAUCCUCUUCCUACGCCUCACCUGGGUGGUGGGCAUCUCAGGCAUCCUGGAGUCCUUCUGCAUGGUCAUCCUCUGCUGCUCCUGU